UAGGUGCGAGGAAGAAACAUCUCUGGCGCGUGAUGUCGCGCCACACGCCAUCAGUGGAAGAAGGAGAUGUGUUGAACGGACCAUGUUCUGAUGUAGACCAGUGAAAGUGCCCUGGAAGGAGAACAGUUCUGUCGUCGUUUUUGGCAGGUAUGCCGACAAAAUUAAUAAGGCCAUCGCGAUCUCGGAGCAUUGAGGUGGAAGAUAUCGAGGAGGAAGCGCCGCAUGAAAGAUGUUCGACAAGCGGCGGAGGCUCCUCUCACGCCGUUCAUCGAAUGCUCAUCGCCAUCUUCGUCUGUCUCGCUAUUGUUACAACGGCUGGUGCCGUUUUCGCCGCCACCACUGCCAUCUUGCUCUACAGGUCAGCUUCCGGUACAGCGACCCCACUGAACGCACCCGGUCAACUUCAUUUCAACGUCAGCGCCACCUCACUGAGGGUGUCCUGGCCUGCGGGGCGCGUCUUCUGCGUCUACGACAAUCGAAUAUCGGAACGACGAGCCUCGUUUAACUUCAGCAUAGAGGAUAUCCGCGUCCAGUACUGCGAUGAUCUCGUCUACAGCUUUGUGGGGCUCGAUAGCAGCGCCACCGGCAUUCGCAGCAAGUUGCCCAAGUUCGAUUUUCUCGAAGAAGGAUUCAAGAGGUUCGUCAGCUUGAGGCGAUCUAAACCAGAGGUGACCCUUUGGGCUUGCAUAGGUGGGAGCCCCGAAGACAACGCUAGAUUCCGUCUGCUCAUCAAGGACCGCAAGACUCGCGUCGCAUUCGCCAGAAAUUCAGCUGAAUGGCUUCGACAAAAUCACUUCAAAGGUCUUCUCAUCUACUGGAAGUACCCGGGCCCUGAGUCGCGCGUCAACUUCACCGUCCUUGUCGUCGACCUCAAGAGUGCUUACGCUCGCGACAACCUCCACCUGUCCGUCGUGCUACCUGUCGACACAAAAACGCGUCGCGAGGGCUACUACGUCGACUCCAUCUUCGGAAACCUCGACGUCGUCCUCCUGGACGGACAUCGGGCUGUGGAUCCCGCUAAGUUUCCCCUGACGACUUGUAGCACGCCGGUGAGGACGCUGUUACGAGCCAGGCACAACGGACAGUACGGACUGCUGAGAGUCCUCGAUGACUUGACGAUCGAGACGGACGACUUCAAGAGAGCGGUCCUCAGCGUGUCUUUCGCGGGCCUCUCCUUCACCCUGCGCUACAAGAAGUUCCACCGGGUAGGAGCAGCUGCAUCGGGUGCUGGUCCCGGUGGGCCUCGAACGAACCAGCCAGGGUGGAUCAGCUACUACGAAACUCGGGAGCUCCUCAAGAACAACGGCACGUCGGGCUGGAAGGCCAUGUACCACAGGUACGGACGAUGCCCCUACGCGACGCGCGAUGGCCAUUGGAUUGGUUACGAGAACGAAGACAGCUUGGAAGACAAGGCGGGAAUUCUUACGAUGGCUGCUGGUUUGGCCAUAUGGGAUUUGGAGAUGGACGAUUUUGCUGGACGUGUUGGCCCUCCGUAUCCGUUACUGCGGAAGGCGUACGAAAUGGUGCAUGGGAAAGGCAGCAUGGCCUUCACCUCGAAGCCUGAGCACAGUUAUCAUAAAUACAGGGAGUGAUUAUAUAUACUAUAGUUAUACGUUAAUAAACAUGAGCCAUCUCCUGA